AUGGGAUCGUGGCCAUCGCCCGAGGAGGUGGCUCGGCAGGGCCUUCGAGCGGCCACGGGCCAUAUCCUCGAGAAUAUUGGCUUCUCAUCGGUAUCCGGAGAUUCUCUAAAUGUGCUCACCGAUGUUAUGCGCCGAUUCAUGAUCGAAUUAUGGUCUCGAAGUAAACUCUUGGCCGAGCAUGCUGGUCGUACCGAAAUAUGCCCUGAUGACAUGAACCUCACCUUCAGUAGGUUGAAAUUUUCACCUGUGGAAAUGCGUGAUUACUUGCUGCAAGUUGGGAACGUUGGUCAUCCUAAACCGCUAUGCCAGUUUCCCGUCGCUCAUCCUAACAUGAGACCAUUAUUCGCUCCUCAACCAAGUGCGAAGGAAUUGGAAAACCGUCCUGAGCACAUCCCUCCGUUUUAUCCUGCUGCCCAUCCGGAAUGGACCACAGAAGGAGCCGAUUAUCUUGCAGUCAUGAAACCAUCAACCUCUGUUGAGAAAAAGGGUUUGUUGCUUGCAAAUGUGAACGACGAGGUGAAAAAAGAGAAGAAGCAAAGAGAAAAAAAGGUGAAACAGAAAGAUAGACGAAAGAAGCAGCAAGAGGAGCAAGAUGUGGUUAAGAAAGAGCGAGAAGCACUUGAGCAAUUACGGCUAGCUGAGGAGCGUUUAGAAAUGGAACGAGCCGAGCAGCGAAAAGCUGAGGAAAGAGCUCGGUUACAUUUACUGGAACUCGCUCGUGACACGGCCACUCCGCCUAUGAGACAAGAUUUCCCGGAUGGUCAGUAA